AUGCUCUGUCACGGGCAGUCGCGUCUGGCGCUGGGCACAACUUCAGAGGGAGCGCCGGUGCAGGAGAACAUCGAGCGGUUCUUCACCCGCUUCGUGGAGGAGGGCAAGGCCACCGUGCGCCUCCGGGAGCCCGCCGUGGACGUCUGCCUCAGCAAGGCAAAUGCCAGCAAUUUAAAGAAUUUCCUUUCAGCUGUGAGACUGGCUCACCAAGGAACCGACAUAGGAGCUCUCCCGCUCUCAGCUCUGGUACCAGCAAAGACCUCGGAAGUUGAAAAACCUAAGACAAAAAUGAUCAUAACUUCAAGAAGGGACUAUCCUCUCACCAAAAACUUUCCUUACUCCCUCGAACAUCUCCAAGCCUCGUACUGCAAACUUGCUCGGAUCGACAUGCGUGUGCUUUGUUUGAAGAAACUCCGAAAACUAGACCUAAGUCAUAAUCAUAUUAAGCAGCUGCCAGCUACUAUUGGUGACCUGAUCUGUCUUCAGGAGCUUAAUUUGCAUGACAAUCACCUGGAGUCGUUCAGUGGGGCUCUGUGCAACUCCACCCUUCAGAAAUCUCUUCAGUUCUUGGACCUCAGCCAAAACAAAAUUAAAGCACUUCCAAUUCAGUUUUGCCAGCUGCGAGAACUCGUUAAUUUAAAGCUCGAUGACAAUGAGUUGAUUAGGUUGCCAUUCAAGAUUGGCCAGUUAGAUCAUCUACGCUUUCUGUCAGCAGCUCGAAACAAACUUCCUUUCUUGCCCAGUGAUUUUAGGAAACUCUGUCUUGAGAACUUGGAUCUCUUUGGAAAUCCUUUUGAACAGCCUAAUCCGCUUGUUCCCAACAUACAACUGAAAAUACCAUUGACUUUAUUAGAGUGCGCUGCAAGAGCAACCCUAAAUUACAGAAUCCCUUAUGGUUGUCAUCUCCUUCCUUCCCACCUCUGUGAAGAUCUGGAAGUGGCUAAAACAUGCCAGUGCGGAAGUGCCUGUCUGAGCAGCUUCAUUCAGAUCACGGUGACCAUGAAUCUCCACCACGUAGCACACACCGUGGUCCUCGUGGAUAACAUGGGAGGUACGGAAGCACCCAUCAUCUGCUACUUCUGUUCUCUAGACUGCUAUUCCCAGUUCCUGGAUAGGUACCUGCAGAGUAACGGGUGA